AUGAUGGAGCGUGUUGAGCAAAGGUUCGGGCCCUGCGGUUGUCGAGCUUUGCAACAUGGGUUUGAGGCUCAUGGAAGACGAGUGCUAGAGGAGCAUCAGCAGUGGGAAGGUAGUGAAGCUGGGUUUGAGGGUGAGUUGAAGAUAGCUGGCAGUGGACAAGAGCAGAAGGGUGUAGGCAACAUGAACUACACAGGUUGGAGUAAAGAGUUGGUGGCAUGUUCGAGCACCGGUUUUGAGGACUUCAACAGGUUUGCUGCUCGCGGCCAGUGGUUCAUGGACUAUGUCAUCCCGGCGUUGUGCUUGAUGCAGAGGAGCAGUGCAGACAAAGCAAUGUGUUGGCAGUUGAUAGCAGUUGCAACCGCGGAGGACGAGAAGCAAGUUGUUCAGACAUUGGUGCAAGCAGUGGCAGUGCAGAGUACAUUGCUUGGCAUUGGUGUGUGCAACAUUGUGCUGCAGUUGUGGGGAGCCAUGGACGAACCUGGACUUUCUGCUUGGCUUGAAGCCCUGCCUGCCGUUGUUGUUGAAGAAGCACCUCAUGGAACAGACCGCGAAGCUGGCAAUUCAUCUGGUGAGGGCCAGCCACAAGAAGAGCCAAUGUUGGCAGCCGACGAGGCUCCACUUGAAGUGAACUUUGAAGUUGGCGGCUUGCCUGGCGAUGGGCAGGCACGUGGACGACAGGUGCUGGACAAAAGUCCGAUCUUCACUGAGAAGGAGCGCGCAAACUAUGAGAGGACAAUCUUUGAGCAGAGCUUGACAUCGAUUGGCGCAGGGAUGCCUGCCUUGCCAUGGGAGCAGGGCAUCUUCAAGGAGAUUUUUGGAGAAGCAAAGUCGGACAACUUGCCCACGCUCGAGGACCUAGUCGCUUAUCCAGCUGGAGCGGCCCCUGGAUCGUCAGAUGACGCAAGACUGAAAGUUGAGGUCACAGGUGUCACAUCUUCUUUGCCUGGAGACAUGCCGCUAUAUGCAAAGCAUAUCAAAGCGCUGUGUGACAGAGAUUAUGCAGCAACGUUAGAUCUCACCUGGACUAAAGCUUUGGCAAGUUGGUUGAUUGUUCUCGAGGACUGCAACUUCGAAUCGUCAGUUGGUCACUACGUUCAGGAGAAGUUGCAGGCCAUGGACAGGGAAGGUGCCUUGCUGUGCGUCAGAGAUGCGUGCGGGGUGCGUUCACCCUCCACCGUGUUGAAGAGGGCUCGAGACUUGAUCCUUUUCGUGAAGUGGUGCGAAAAGAAUGACCUGCGGUGGUGGCCCAUCAAGGAGCGGAACCUUCUCGACUACUUGCAGGGCAAGGAGGACGAGAAGCGUAGCAAGUUCAUCGGCAAGAACCUCAUCCAUGCUUUAAAGUUCUUCAAGUACAUCAUUGGAGCAGAGUUCAACAUCGAAGCUGUGCUGGGUCCAAUGUUGACCGGGAAAGUGAGCAGAGUUCUGGCGACCAGAGACCCGACUGAACAAGCUAGGAAAGCGAUGUACAUGCCGUAUGUGGCCUCAGUGAAUGGCAUAGUACGCGGUUUGUUGGGGCAUCAUUCUCUGAAAGAGAAUAGUGUGGCAUGCUACAGUCGGGACAUGUUGAGCCAGCCCAUGCGUGAGCUUUGCGCCAUGGUCUGCAACAUCAAGCUUGGGAACUUCGUACCAGACGGGACGCGCUCUGGGUGGAUGGUGCGAAAACAGGCACCGUUGUUUGAGCCACAUGCACCUGGUGACGAUGAGGCAGAUUACUUUGGGAGUCCGUCGGCUCUGGAGGGUGAGAAAGAUGUUUCUGCCGACACCGGCUUUGACCCGAACAACCCCUUCGGAGAGCCUGAACGAUCUGGCAACGCUGAAGAGCACAACGAAGAGCCAGAAGAAGGUGCUCGAGAUGACGGAGACGAAGAUGGCGAAGACUUCGUGGAGAGCGCCAGUGAGAGUGAAGAUUCGAGCGCAAGUUCCGACAACGAAGAAGAGCUGCACAAAGAGAAGGCCAGCGUCAUCGAGAGCGGCUUGGAGCCAGAGGUAAAAGGGCCUUUGAUGCAGAACAAGAGGAGCUGCAUGCUGCACACGCAGAACCCUGACCCGAAGAACCAUUUGCAGCCUGUUACGUCAUGUGGACUCCAUGGCAUCGGUUUCACCGUCUUGGCUGAGGGGUCGAUCUUUAGCUGGCCCAAAUGCAGCAAGUGUUUCAAAGAUGCUGACAACAAGUCGGUGAUAGAUGUAGUCAACGCCAGCAAGCGUCGGCCUACCAACCUCACGGAGAGCACUGCAGCGUUUGAAAAGCAGGCCGCGAACUUGGGGCUGGAAGAUGGUUGGAUUCAAGCUUUGAAGAAUGCCGGGGUCACAACAUUGGGGCGGUUGGCCUUCAGUUGUGGUCAGCCUGGGACGCCAGUCAACGAACAAGACGUUCGCAACCUGAUGACGGCAAGUGACCCUGGUGGCAGGAUUACGGUUGGGGACCUUGCAACAAUGAGGAGGUUGAUCUUCGAAGCACAAACUGCCGUAGUUGCCUUGGCCAGAUCUCAAGCCGACCCGAAUGCUGAUCCAACCUUGAGGAAAAUGCCACCGGCAGAACGGAGCUCACGCAUCGCCAAUCAACGUGUGAGGCUCCAAGGAUUGUCAAUGGAAGGGAACAUGGAGGUGGCUCACCAGGUCUAUGACCAGCUGAAUGGAAUGAUGGAGGCUGACACCUUGAAGUACCUGGCACCGUCGAAGUGCAUCACGCGGAUGCAAGAGAUCACUUCAGCAAAGCCACCCAAAGAGUUGAAGCUGGACACCAGUGGCACUGGAAUUACGGUCAAAGACUCAAUUACAGAGCAGCAAUGCUCAACUGGCACAGAACUGGACCUGUUGGAGGCCAUGAUGCGCCGGAGCCUUGCCUUUGAUGCAAUGGGUUUGGUCGACUUUCACAUCUUCCAGAAAUGGAUUCAAUACCUCUUCAACUUGAUGCGUCAGCCUCCGCCGCCAAACUUCAAGGCACCCACGUUGACACAGUUGCUCAGGGCAGACCGUCAAGCAUUUGUUCGACUUCAGGAGUUGAGCCGCGACGGCAUCAAACCCCACGCAGAUGGGACUCGGCCUUUGGACGCUUUGAUCGACAACCUCCCCAAGGACCACACAGUCGUGUACUACAUGCUGCCCACAGCCCAGGAGAAGACGCGCCCAAAGCCUGCGAAGCCGGCAACGCAGAAAACAGAAACUGCGUCAUGGAAGAACUGGAGCAACGAAAAGAGUUCUUCAUGGAAGAGUGCAAAGCAGACACAAUGGAAGAAGGGCAGCGGCAAAACUGGUGGAUCCGGGAAGUUGCCCUACCAGUUGAAGAAUUGUGCCUCGGCCACGCCAGAAGGCAAACGGUUGUGCUUCGCCUACAACAUCGAUGGUUGUGACAAGGCAGCAGCAGGUGGCCUAACGGCCCAACUGCGAGCGCUUGGCUUGACCUCCAGCUAUGGAGUCGAUCGAGUCGUGAAACCAAGAUCCAAGUGCCCCAUCGUCAAGGUUGACCUCACAACUCCACAUGGCGAAGCACUUGCCAAGAGCUGGUUAUCGAAUCCACUCUGUGCUUACGCGCAUUGGGGCAUCCCUUGCGGUACUGCAUCUCGGGCUCGCGAGAUCGACCUCAACGAUGGAGAAUAUCAGCCACAGCCCUUGAGGAAUGAUGCAUACCCUGAAGGUCUCCCAUGGCUGACAGGAGACGAUGCAGAACGAGUUCGGCUAGCAAACAAAGUGUACGAGGUCUCUUGUCGCUUGAUUCUGUUUUGCCACUUCAACAACAUCAGAUGGUCGCUAGAACAACCAGAGCGAUCCAUUUUCUGGCUGACCAAAUUUUGGAGAAUGGUUUUGCAGCAUCUCACGCCCAUCUACGUCGUGUUCAGUGCCUGCGUGUACGGUGGCAGCCGACCCAAAAGAACUGCGAUCGCCACCGACAUCAAAGAGCUGCAGGAGUUGGCAUGUGACUGCACUGGAAAUCACAAACACUUGCCAUGGGGCCGAACAAAAACAGGCUUCGCGACAGCUGCGGAGGUUGAAUACCCGUUGGAGUUAUGCAAAGCUUGGGCAGCGGCCGUUUUCCGUAGCAUCUCCAAACAGUUCGACCUUGAGCAGUCCGUCCUGCCGGCGCAUCCCGACAAGAAAGCCAGGGCAAGUACAGUCAAACAAACUCGUAAGUCCCUGGCAUUUAUGCAAGAUUACAGCCAUGUUGAAACAGCACGUUUCCAGAGAGCACCAAAGUUUCGUGUUGGCUCCAAGCUGCCUGCCACCCUUGGCGCCGACGAUGCCACCUUGCCAGCAUAUGCCCGCAUCCUCCGCAUCUCCCAGAUCCCUUCUCACCAAGACGGGGGGAAGAGCAGUGAGAAGGCAACCAUGUUUGAAGUGGCAUUUGGCGUUCCAUGGAGUGAAGAAGCAUUCAUCAAAGAAGCGCUACUCAGGGGGCACCCAGUGCACCUGUUCGAGAGUUUGCACUCCAACCUCUCCAAUGCCAUUCGUAGCAAUGUGAACGAAAAGCCCGAAAAGAUCGUGACCGACAGAGCAGCAUGGUUCAAGAAAUGGACUCGUAGAGCGCUGGAGCUCAGAAAACAAGAAGCAGACCUGCACAAGAAGAUGCCUAGCCAUAGAAGACAGAUCCUCGAAGGAAAAAGGAUCUUGCUGCUCAGGGAGAUCAUUGAGGACAUGAACUACCCGGACCCCGGCAUUGUGGAUCUCAUCGAGAAGGGGUUUGAUUUGGUUGGCGAGGCAGGAGGAGGGCUCGUUCUGCCCAGAGAUUUUGAGCCAGCGACCAUGUCCAUCCAGGACCUUGCCGACCAUGCCAAAAGUAGCAACGAGGCCAUCUUUCAUUCCACCAAGUCCAGUGGCGACAGUGAGGUCGACGAAGAACUAUGGAAGAAGACUUGCGAGGAGGUGGAAAAGGGCUGGCUCUCACGCCUUCCACUCUCUGAGGUGCCCCAUGGCCGUCUGUCUCGGAGGUUCGCAGUCGUUCAAGGAGGCAAAGUUCGACCCAUCGACAACUACUCUGAGAGCCAAGUCAAUGAUGCCGUCAACGUCACAAGCAAGUGCACGGUGGACGGAACGGAUUGCAUCGCUGCCAUGAUUGCCGAGUACAUGCGCCUGUGCGAGGUCAAGUCUGUGAACCCCGAGUUGCUUGGCAGAAGUUUCGACUUGAAGAGUGCAUACCGGCAGCUGGCGGUCUCAGACUCUUCUUUGAAGUGGGCACGGCUGGCCGUCUACAACCCGAGCCUCAAGAUCACCGAGGUGUUUCAGCAGCACUCUUUGCCGUUCGGCGCCAAGGCGUCUGUGAUUGGAUUUCUCAGAUGCGCCAGGAACACAGACCAGUCGUUCUGCCUCUUGCUGGACCUGUUGGGAUGGAGAUAUGACGUGAGUGGCGAGAAGUCUGACAGCAUGAGCCACGAGAUCUCCGCGCUGGGGGUGAUGGUUGAUCUUUCCGAGACCUCAGAGGGUAGAGUCAUGGUUCGCAACACGGAGAAGCGGAAGCAGGACCUCUCGAACCAGAUCGAUCGUGCCCUGUCGAGCCGAAGGUUGACCACUCAUGAAGCAACUUCUCUCAAAGGCCGCUUGGGAUUCGCAGAAGGUCAACUUUUUGGACGGGCGACCAAGCGAUUGAUCAAUGUUCUUGGCCAGCAUGUGUUGCGCCCUCCGAAACGUGGAGUACUGAGCGAUGAAACGGUGAGCGCCAUGCUUCAAGUCAAGGGACGGUUGUUGAAUGCCCAGCCUCGUCUCGUGAAAGCUGAUGUGGGAGACGUUUUCUUCUUGUUCACGGACGCUUGCUUCGACUGUGAAGCCAAAGAGGGUGGUGUCGGUGGAGUGUUGAUCGACCAGACUGGUUGUGUAGUGAGCUGGUUUGGUGGAGAAGCAAGCCGCGACUCUUGUGAAUCCUUCAUGGCUGAGGAUCAGGAGCAGGCGAUUGGAGAACUUGAAGCCUUUGUUGUCCUAGUCGCCUUCCGAGUGUGGCAGGACCUGGUGCGGUCCAAACAUUUGUUGUGUUUCAUCGACAAUGAAACCGCAAGGUAUUUGAUUUUGAAGGGGUAUUCCAAGAACCCGGUUCUUUGCAACAUCGUGCACCACCUCGCCAAAGUCGAAGAGGAGUUGUUCGUUUUGCCAUGGUACGCUAGAGUGCCUUCAGAGUGCAACAUAGCUGAUCCACCAUCAAGAUCGGUGCCUCACGAAUUGUUGCCGGAAACCUCAAGGGUUCCUAUGCCAGACUUGAGGUCAGUGCUGGAUGAAGCGAGCAAGCCUUUGAGCGCCUCCUGA